CUCGUUCUUCUGCUCGUUCUUCCACUCCCUUCUUUCGCCGAUAAUACUCCCUAGCCCUAGGCAUUCAAUCCUCUUCCAGGCGCGAGAACCCAAUUGCAUCACACCGUACCCCGCAACCUAGAGUCAGCUUCCCGUCAUGCGCUCCCAGCCCAUACAACUCUCCUCGGCGAUGUUGGCCCUGGCGUCUCUCGCCGUUUUUGGCCUGCAGGCUUCUGCAGAGACAGUAUUGGGAGUCUAUGUCUUUGCCCGCCAUGGAGACCGCACGUCAAAGUCUACGCCUCCCACCGAGUUGACCACUUUGGGCUACCAGCAGGUAUUCAACACUGGCUCUUACUAUCAUAAUCGCUAUAUCGCGGCUUCAUCCGACUCGCGCAUCCUCGGUAUAAGCCCAGACAUUGUACAACCACACCAGCUCCUCGCAUCUGCACCCGAAGACGAGGUGCUGCAGAAAUCCGCUAUCGGGUUCUUGCAAGCUGUCUACCCGCCCGUUGGCAAUGUUGCCACUUCCACUCUUCGCAAUGGCACUAUCGUCGAGGCUCCUAUGAACGGGUAUCAGCUCAUUGCUGUCGAGCAAGUGUCAACAGGCGGCAACAGCGAGAAUGUCGCCUGGCUGCAAAGCGCAACCAAGUGUCAAAAAGCCAAGGACAGCAGCAGCGAGUACCGUCAAUCGAAGGAAUUUCAGGAGCUGUUCCAGUCGACUGCCGGUUUCUACAAGUCCGUCGCACCCAUGGUGGAGCGGACAUUUCCAGAAUCAAAGGUUAACUUCGGGAAUGCAUACUUGGUCUUCGAUCUCCUUAACGUUGCCAGGAUCCAUAACACAACCGACUCAUUGCCGGAUGACAAACUGCCGUCGAAGGAAACAUUUACCCGUCUCCAGGAUCUGGCAAACAUACAUGAAUUCAACCUUGCGUACAACGCAACCUCCCCUAUCCGAGCAGUCAGUGGCUCGCUCUUGGCCGGUGAAGUUCUCUCCAGCUUCAAUGAGCUAAUCGACACUGCUGGUGCGAAGGCCAAACUCAGCGUCCAAUUUGGUGCCUAUGCUAUCUUCCUUUCCUUCUUCGGCCUCACAAAGCUCGCAGAGACGAAGCCUGAAUUCACCGGCAUUCCGGACUACGCGUCCAGCAUGGCAUUUGAGCUGGUGACCAACGCGACGACCUCGCCAUCUGGUCCAUUCCCCAGCCGAUCCGACAUCAGCGUCCGCUUCCUCUUCCGCAAUGGCAGCGUACUUCCCAACUCCCCCGAUACCCAGCCGGCCGCAUACCCUCUCUUCGGUCAAUCGGAAACGCUCAUGCCAUGGACUGAAUUCGAGUCCAACAUGAAGCAGAUUGCCAUUUCCUCAGAGGAGGAAUUCUGCAAAGCUUGCAGCGCGACUCCAGAGCGCUGCGCUGCCGGAAGCGGCGCGGAUGAUGGCCUAAAUGCAUCUUCGGCUGGUUCUGGUAGCAGUGGUGGCCUGUCCAGAACGGAGGCUGGUGUUGUGGGUGCAUUUGUGGCUUUAGCCGUCAUCCUGGGGCUUCAGGGACUUGCAUUCCUGUUUGGUGGGUUUCGCCUUGUUACGAAGAAGGGUUCCACCGAGGCUAAAGGAGACGCAUAAGUCUCAGGCGCAAAUGGAUUGUUUUGGUGUCAAGCGUGUCUACGAGGUUUAUUAUGGUUCAGGGACUAUCGGAAUUAGAUCCAUUGGGUGUCUGGAGGGCAGGGGGAAGAUGGGGUCGAGAUUAUCUCUCACCUGUAGGAACGGCACGAUUAAUGAAGAUUGACGAAGGAUGUGAGAGAAAGGAGGAAACACACAUGUAUAAGUGAGUACAUACUAGUAUGUGCGACACAUAAUGACGGCACGAUAGGCUUCAAAAUAUCAUCCUCUCGGUGAUAAACCAAAGAAAUAAUAUAUUACAUAGUUAAUUCUAUACAACACCUCCAGAAGCCUUCAGUAAUAAUAAAGGUUGAAAUAAGAACAACUAGAAAGCU